AUGCGUGAUAUUUCAUUAUCUAACCGUAGAAAUCUUCUAUCUUUAUCUCGUGCGUUGGGCAUUUGCAAGACAUUGUUGUUUAGAUAUGUAAAAGAAGGAGUUUUGCGUCGACAUUCAAGCGCAUUAAAACCACACUUGAAAGACGAUAAUAUGAAAGAUCAACUCAAAUUUUGUUUCUCUAUGCUUGAGGAAAGUAGCAUUCCUCAUGAUCCGAAGUUUAAAUCCAUGCACAAUAUAGUCCAUAUUGACGAAAAAUGGUUUUACAUAUCUAAGAAAUCUACGAACUACUACCUUCUUACAAAUGAGGAUGACCCAUAUCGCACGUGCAAGAACAAAAAUUACAUCGGUAAAGUCAUGUUUUUAGCUGCAGUUGCUAGGCCUAGAUUUGACAAUGAAGGUAACGAGAUAUUUUCAGGAAAAAUUGGUGUGUUUCCUCUUGUUAAUAACGUACCGGCAAGAAGGUCAAGUGUUAAUAGAGCCGCGGGGACACUUGAAACAAAACCGAUAACUUCUAUCAAUAAAGAGAUUAGUAGAAUGUUUUUAAUUAAUAAAGUUCUACCAACCAUCAAAGAAAAAUGGCCGCGAGACCAAGCAUUUGAAACAAUUUACAUACAACAAGAUAAUGUACCUUCCCAUGUCUCUAUAGAUGAUGAAGAAUUUCGCCGAGUGGCUUCGAAAGGUGGAUUUGACAUUCGCUUGACUUGUCAACCUCCAAACUCUCCGGACUUGAAUGUUUUGGAUUUGGGUUUUUUUAAUGCCAUUCAAUCAUUGCAACAAAUGGAAGUAACUAAUUCUGUUGAUGAGCUUAUACAUGUUGUGCAGAAGUCUUAUGACACUUUUUCUAGCAAAGCUUCAAACAAAUUUUUUCUCACACUUCAAUCAUGUAUGAUUGAAAUCAUGAAGAUCAAAGGAUCGAAUAAUUAUAAAGUUCCUCAUGUAAAGAAAGAUGUAAUGCUUCAACAAGGAAGACUUCUUGUUGUACUACAAUGUGAUGGUGAACUAGUUCAUGAAGUUAUGGAAUAUUUAGCCAAUUAA